AUGGCAGGUGAUAGCCUAUCUGAGUCUAUAAUUUGUGAAAAAGCUAGGGCUAUAAAUGCAGAUCUGUUAAAGGAUAAGCCAUCAACAAGUGAUAGUGGUGAAACAUUUCGUGCCAGUAAGGGGUGGUUUCACAAUUUUAAAGCGAGAACUGGGAUUCAUAGCGUAGUUAGGCAUGGUGAAGCAGCCAGUGCUGAUAAAAGUGCUGCCGAAAAUUAUAUACACCACUUUGAAACGAUAACACAGAGAAAUGGCUUUUGCUCUCAUCAAGCUGUCAACCGUGACGAAACUGGGCUUUUCUGGAAGAAAAUGCCCAGGAGAACAUUAAUUACCCAGGAAGAGAAGAAAAUGCUAGGCCACAAGCCUAUGAAGGAUAGGCUAACCUUAUUGUUAUAUGCCAGUGGAAGUGGCGACCUCAAGAUAAAGCCUCUCUUGGUUUAUCACUCUGAGACCCCUAGAGUGUUCAGAAAACAUACAGUCAUGAAGAAUAGGCUAGGGGUCAUGUGGAGAUCUAAAGCAAAAGCCUGGGUAACAAGAGUGCUUUUUCUUGAGUGGAUCAGGGAGGUUUUCUGUCCUACUGUUAAGAAAUAUCUUGAGGACAAAGGCUUACCACUUAAGGAUCUCCUCAUCAUGGACAAUGCUCCUGCUCACCCAAGAGACUUGGAAGAAGAGUUGGCUGAAGAAUUCCCAUGGCUUAUAGUAGAGUUCCCCCCACCUAAUACAACUCAUCUACUGCAGCCUAUGGACCAGCAGGUUAUAGCUAACUUUAGGAAGCUAUACACCAAAGAACUGUUCCAGAAGUGCUUCCAGAUGGUCUCAGAUACAGAUUUAACUCUUACAGAGUUCUGGAAGAAACAUUACAACAUCCUUUCAUGUGUGGGGUUAAUAGGCAAAUCCUGGGCCAAUGUCUCUCUAAGGACACUGAGAUCUGCCUGGGAGAAAGUGUGGCCUAAAAUUAUAGAGGAGAGAGACUUUGAAGGCUUUGUAGAGGAUCCUGAGCCUGCCACUGACCAUGUGGUUGAUGACAUUGUCACUAUAGCUCAGUCCAUAGGCUUGCAGGUAGGCAGUGGUGAUGUUGACGAACUGGUGGAGGAACACUCGGAGGAAUUGUCUACAGAGGUACUUCAGCAACUUCUGGCUGAGCAACAGAAAAUGGCAGCUGAGGAGCUUUCUGAAGAGGAGGGGGAGGAUCAACAAUCAGUGCAGCAAAUGUCUUCUUCUGAAAUAAAGGACAUCCUGAAAAACUGGACAGAGCUACAAACAUUUGUAGAGAAGACUUACCCAGACAGAGAAAAAGCUAAUUGUUGCAUUAACUUGCUUAAUGAUAAUGUCAUGUCAUACUGCAGAACUGUGUUGAAGAAAAGACAGAAACAGAUAACCUUAGACCAGUUUUUAUUUCCGAAAAGGCUGAGACCUUGUGAGCCAGAAGCAGGUCCUAGUGGGCUACAGCCUCUCCCAAGGAGAGAAAGGACACCAGAGGGCCAGAGUCCUGAUGUUCUUAAGGAAGGGGACUCUCCUUCCAAACAAUAA